UUCAACGAGCAUAGACAAUAAAGAUUCCUUUCAUUCAAAAUUCAUAAACAAGAUAGAGUAUGUUGUGUUUGUUUGAAAAGAUGACAGUUAUUUAAAUUCAGAUUUGCGACGUUUAUUACUAAUUUUUCUUAUUUUUUUUCAGGAAAAUGGAUAUUGCCGAGAUGAAGUUUGUGUACAAACAGACUCACGAGAAAAAGCACAAAGGCAAGCCGGCGCAGUUCGUGAGCGUAGCUGGCGGGGUCCAGAAGAGGCUGGAAUCUAACAUUAAAUACAGAAAAAGUUGCAGGAUUUCCGUGUUCGACCAUGGUCGUAACUUAUCAAGAGAAGCAAGCCCUGUGCCGAUGCCCCAGGAUGAUUUCAAAACUAAACAGGAACAUCGGAGACAGCAACUUGAGAAAUGGAAGGAAGAAAAAGAAAAGAGGAAGAAAGAAGCAGCGGCGCAUAAGAAGAAGCCAUUUGUGGCCUCUGUGGCGCACGCGCCGCUCAAAUAUGUCCCUCCGCCUCCACCCAAGGUAAUGCCCAGUACAUCAGGCAGGGUUACCCGAUCUCAGUCAGCGAAAAACCAACAGAAAUCAAAGGCUGAGGCCAAAACAGCUGUAAAGUCAUUUGCGCCUAAAAAUGCUGGGUUCCGCCCCCCACAGCUGAAAGUUGACCUUGCCCAAGACAUGAUCCACCUUGGCUUGCCAACAUUCAAUAAACAGUCUAAAGCUACCAUUAACAAUAAAAAUGCCAAAAAUCUUCCUACAUUUGAUCCAAAACCAACUAACACUGUAAAAAGCUCAAGAUCAAAGACUAAUUUGAAUUCUAGACAAACUGUCAAAGAAAAUACAGUGAGGAUGAACACCAGAAGCAAACUGGAGACUACUCAAAAAACAACCAAAACUAAACCAGCUAAGGCAAGCCCUAAGAAACUCAAGAAGACUCCUAAGAAGACCAUUCAGAGUAGCACAGAGUCCAGCACCGACUUGGACUCCCAAGAGUAUGCAUCAGAUAAGUCCCUCGACAAGCAACAAUCAAAUGAAACCAUUGAGUCCCCAAUACUAAAGACGCGUACACCAAGAAAGUCAAUACUUCAAGCUUCUAACGUGACUCCUAAAAACUCUGUGCCUAAGAGUGAAUCUAGUUCUGAAGAGAAGCUAAGAUCACCGAAAGAGACAGUACCAAUGACCCCAGAGGCUAUUGCUGAAGAAGCAAAACACAUCAGCCCAUGUGUGACCAUCUCCCGAGGAAAAGACAAUGCCAGGAGGGAGAGCCAACGGAAACUACAAGAAGGUCUGUUAGCAGACGACCGCGGCGACAUGGAGAGCGUCCACCACUUCCGGCGGCAGCUGGACGCGGAGGUGGCUCGCAUGGCCGCGCUGUGCGACGCCUGGGACGAGGUGUAUGAGCAGUGCGAGCUGCCCGAGUUUGUGCAGGAGAUGGUGCUGGGCGGCGUGGGGCAGGCGCGGCUGCUGAUGGCGUCCAAGCUGCAGCAGUUCGCGGGGCUCGUGGACCGCUGCGAGGCGCGGGACUCGUGCGCCGGGCUGGUGACCCCCGCCGACCUGCAGGGCUUCUGGGACAUGGUGUUCAUACAGAUAGAGAACGUGGACCUCCGCUUCAAGGCCCUGGACGCUCUCCGCGCACGGGGCUGGGCGCCCGAAGCCGCGCCCGCCCCGCGCCCCGCCCGCCCCGCGCGCCCCGCCCGCCCUGCGCGAGCCCAGGCCGCGGCCAAGCAAGCCAGGCCCAAGGGAAACAGCCGGAUUAAGGACAUGAUUGCAGCGGCGCGCAAGGCGAAGAAAGACCAAGAGGCGUCCUCAUCCGACUCCUCCUCAUCCCCUAAGCCUGACACCGCCUCGGAAGGAGAGAAGACGUUCGAGGCCGGGUUCUUCUGCGUGCGCUCCCCGGUUCGGUCGCCGGCGCCCGCCACGCCCAUCAACAACAGACAUAAUCUGCUCAAGACUGUGCUGUCUAGUGAGGCGAGGAAGGCUUCUGCGUCGAAGGUGACGAAUUCGACAUCCUACGCCAUGCUCCGAGCUUCUCUGAUCAGUAAAAACGUGGAGAUUGAAGGAAUCGCACCUCUUGAACAAACCCCAAAGCUGCCCUCAAUAAACCUGAACGCUACGCCGGCGCGCAGCAUCCUCAAGUCAGGCGCAGUCGCCAGCGUCAGAAAAUCAGGGAAGAAAUCCAUUAAAACCGUCCUCUUCAAUGAAUCAGACUCGGAGCUCAACGAGUCAGUCCUGGUACCGGAAAAAGUCUCACCAGAGACAAACGUAGACAGCGGAGUAUCCUCUAUGGACGUAGACAAGGAGUCCGAGCAUGUAGAUAAAGAAAACAAAAACUCACGAAGGAGGUCGAAGCUCACACGUCAAGAGGCCACCGAGGACAGUCCCGUCAUGACUAGGAGCAGGCGCAAGAGCGUGCAGACGCCCAAAGAGGAUGAACACGAGAGGCCCAAGCGAGCCAGCCGGCAGAAGAAGGUGCUGCAAGAAUCUGAGCCUAAUGCCACAGAGGAAAAAAGCGAGCCUACUCCGAAGAAAUCGUCGAGGAGAAAGAAGAGUGUGCCCGAAGAAGAAGUCGUUGUUAAGGCUACUCCGAAGAGGUCGUCCCGGCGCAACAAGAUGGUAGAAGACCUGAUCGACUUCAGCACCCCGGAGCCGCGAACUCGGGGGAGGAAGUCCCUGUCAGCCGCUGACAAAUAGUGCCGUUAAUUGUAUACUUACACCACUUAUACAGAUAAGGUUGCGUGAGAGUGUGUGUGUUAUCCUGUACGUAAUGUAAGUGGUUAUAAUGUUAAGUGGUUUGAGCGCAUAACAAUCAUUUUGAUGUUAUGAGCCUUGGUUGCGAAGUUGACUUUUUUAAAACUAUGAUAAUGAAAACUAUUGUUAUCCUGAAUGAAGGUCUCGAAAGUUGAAGUAUGUAUGCACAUGGAGUAAUAAUGUAAUGGUCCUUGGUAUGGAGAUCUGUUUUUAUUGAUUUUACUUUCGUUAAAUAUAUACACGCAUGACCAACGAUUGUUAAAUCCCUUGCAGAGUUGGACACAUCUAUAGUUAAUAUUAUAGUGUGUAUCUCGUUUUUUCGUGGAAAAAUAUGUAAUUAUUAGCUGUAGUUGAAAGCAUUAUUAUUCUAAGUUGGUUUGAUAAUAAUGUGAAUAGUGUGCCUAUUAAGUGCCUGGAAUUACAGAUUCAAAAUACAUAAAAUAAUGUGACGGCAAAGCGCAUUACCUAGUAUAUUCAGGGAAAAUAUCUCUAUAUUUUUGUGUUUUCCAAAGUAUUAUUCGAUGCCAUAUUUUGUGUUCAAAUGAACGCGCUAAUACCUCAACUACUAUUUUAUUAAUCUUUGACUAAACUGACUUUACUGUUCUUAUUAGCACCUAAUUAUGUUUUCUAAUGAAUUUUACGUCUUUUAUGCAAGUCUGAAUAAUAAGGCGCGUUAUAGAGCGGCCUCUAGCUGACAUUACUUUACUUUAUUGUUAGAAUAUACUAAAUAGUGACAUAAAUAUAAGUAGUACGUUUGUUAGUUUAAAUAAAUGGGAAAUUAUUAAAAUAAUA